AUGGACUGCACUGCUUCGGCACUGACCGACAGCGACACCGCCCUUAUCAGAUCUGCCCUGGCAGAGGAAGCAGGCUGGCUCCGGGACAUCAAUGUGGGAUGCAGCAGCGUUCCAGAGAACUCCAUCGUCGAAGUCGACGGCAAGUUCUUUCAGAACGUGCAUCCUCAGGAGCACAAUGUGUACGACUUCAGCGACUGGGUGUCCAACCAUCCGGGCGGUCCGGACAAGAUCCUCCAGUGGACAGCGAGGGGCUUCAUCCUCAAGUACCCAGCUUCCCAUCCGAUGCGGCGCUGGAGCUCCGACAUCGCGAAAGAAAACAUCUGGUCAAACUUCGUCGGCCGCUUCGGGGACUCGAUGAGCUUCCUGAGUCUGCCGCAGACACUGCAAACGUUUCCCCUGGCGACAGCCUUUGGUGCUUUGGAGAGCUUCGAUGGUUUUGCUGAAGUUUGCGGUUCGCCUGGAGAGGUGGCCAACGACCUGCAGUCGGGCCAUCAGUACUCCUUCCACGUUUCCGAGGACCACUUGGACACCGCCUUCGAUGUGGAUUACGACACACCAGCAGAGGUCCCCGACCUUGGCCGGGCCUCCAUCUGGACCAUGCUGGCGUUUGAGGCCCCGGAUCAGCUCCGCCAGCGUAUGGCGUGGGCGUUGGCCCAGAUCUUCGUCGUAGCGCCAGAUGAUGCCACUGCACGGCAAACCGAGAUGUAUGUGCACUUUUAUGACAUCUUCGUGCGGCAUGCGUUUGGGAGCUUCGGGGACAUCCUGCGCGAGGUCACGUACAGUCCGGUCAUGGGCGACUACCUCACAUACAAGAGGAAUCGGGCCUUCGACAGUGAUGGCGCAUACCCGGACGAAAACUAUGCACGUGAGAUCAUGCAGCUCUUCACUAUUGGGCUUUGGCGUCUGAAUCCCGACGGCUCCCGGAUGCUGGACAGCGAGGGCAGCCCGAUCCCGACUUACAGCAACGAGGACAUCAUGAACAUCGCGCGGGUGUUCACUGGCUUCGACGAGCAGGGGGCGCGAGGCAACAUCGAGCAUGUGGAGGGCAAGGUGAACUCGAUCGAUCCAAUGCGUCUGAGGGCCGAGUGGAGAGAUGUCUACCCGAAGCCAGAUCUGCUGGGAGGCUACCUCGGUGAUGGAUACCCGCUCUGCAUGGACCAGCCCGCGCAGGGUUUCCUGCGCCAGGGAGCCAAAUACCACUUCGUGGGGCACGCGCACGAUGGCAACGAGGUCCUCGUGCUGACCGCGGAUUCGGCGCUUUACAAAGCACUCUGUGGUGCUGGGCAGGUCUGCAGUCACCAGCUCAUGGUGGAGUUGUCGGAGACGUUGACCUGUACCGGUGCAGAGUGCCAGUCCACUACGGCUCGGGUUGUGCAGGUGGGAGAUGGCUAUUAUGAGCACCUCUAUGAAGCCUGUGUGGGGCUGUUCUUCUCCGAGGGUGAGGAGGUACUUCUCUACCCCGAUGGCACCAUCGCCUCCAACCUCACCACCAAGUCCAGGCAGAAUCGUUUCGUCGCACGCUGGGUGCCAACCAUCCCGGACCUCUCCAGCUGCCCUGCAGGUUGCACUGCUGGCUCUGAGGUCUGUGCCUGUGCGGCGAGCUUGGCUGUGCAGGACGGCAUGCACGUAGUGACAGCAGGUGGCUUCACCUUCCAGAAUCCGCCUGUGUUCAUGGACCGCGAGCACCCGCGGAAGAGAGACGCAGCUUUCGAGGUGGAAGCACUCCUACAUCACCUUGUUCACUACCCGAAUGUGCCCAUCUUCGUGUCGUAUCGCAUCAUCCAGCGCUUCGUCACCUCGAAUCCGACUCCCGAGUACGUGCUUGCCGUUAGCAAUGCCUUCCAGACUGGCGAGUACAACGGGUAUACGUACUCCGGGAAAUAUGGCGAUCUCGCAGCCACGAUUGCAGCUGUAUUGCUAUUCAGCGAGGCUCGGUCCCAGACCAGUACCAGCAAUGGUGCACUCCGUGAGCCCUACCUUAAGAUUAUCCACUUCAUGCGAUCCAUGGAAUACCAGGAAGAGAAGGACAGGCCCAUCGUACUCGGCAACUUGAUCAACACGAUUGGCCAGUACCCAUAUGCCUCCCCAACGGUCUUCAACUUCUACAUGCCGGAGUUCCGGCCUGAUGGCUUUCCCGAAGGCUUGGUUGCCCCGGAAUUCCAGAUCUACACGGCCCCGAAUGCAUUGGCCUUUGCGAACGGCAUGCACUCAUUGAUCAACCAGGGUCUCAGCAACUGCGAUGAUGGCUUUGGCGUCUAUGUCGGGGACUGUUCUGCCGGCACUACGACUUUCGCAGAGAAGUCGGACAUGAGCGAAGCCUUGGCCGAGCUGGAUCUUCUGCUCACCGGCGGCCGCCUCGAGGCGAACAAGGGCAACGUGCAGGCUGCCUUCAAGCGUGAUGGUUGGAAGGAUGCGCAGAAGGUCAUGAUCCUAACGCCGGAAUUCAACACAUUGGGCAGUCCCUUGCCAGAGGGUGUGCGACCUCCCUCUCCGCCUCCAACCUUCGGUGCCACCUCCAGUUACAAGGCUGUGGUUAUGCUUAUGCUGAAGGGUGGCAUGGACAGCUUCCAAAUGCUGGUGCCGUUGAACUGCCCCCUCUACGACGAGUACCGCGGCGUUCGCAAGAGCAUCGCUUUCUUACCGGAGGAGAUGCACCAGAUCAGCUCUGCAGCGCAAUCAUGCUCAGAGUUUGGCAUCCACCCGAAGCUUCCCGUCCUCAAGGAGCUCUAUGACGAAGGAAGCGUGGCCUUCAUUACCGACGUGGGGUCGCUCGUGGAGCCGCUGACUCCGGACAUGAUCGGGAAAGGCUUCCAUGCGAAAGGCGGCAGUGGUGAGACUUGCCAGGGCCUUUUCAGCCACAAUGAUCAGCAAAGAGCUGCAGAGACACUGACAUGCCAGUACGCCACGGCCGAGUUCAAGGGUGCUGGUGGGCGCAUCGCCGACGCCGUGGCUGCUGGCUCGGAGAAGUUCAACACCAUGUCAUUCUCGCUGAAGGGUUCUGCAACGUGGCCUCAGGGUUUUGACAUCCCAGGUGAGGUCCUGGGCCAAAAUUCUGGCGGUGGUAACUCCGCCUUCCCAGAGUACACGCGUCUGCAGGACAUCGUCAACAACAUCACUGGCACUCGCCAUGGCAAUGUCUACUGCGAGGAGUAUGCGAAGCGCCUGGAGCAGGCCAUCAGCUUCAACAUCGGCUUGGAGAAGCAACUCGAAAAUGCGGAGUUGGCGACCGACUACGAAGUCAAGGGCUACCAGCCCCUGAGGAGCCAGUUCAAGAAUGCGGCCACGCUCAUUGCGGCGCGUGUCGAGCGCCAGGCAGAGCGCGACUUCUUCUUCAUCGAGGACGGCGGCUGGGACCAUCACAAGGGUGUCGAGAACGCCUUGGCCGGGAAGUUCGAGAGUCUCAGCGAGGCGCUGGCGGAGUUCGUGGCUGAGCUGAAGGCACAGAACGUCUACGACAGCGUGGUGAUCGCGACGCACUCAGACUUUGCGCGGACCCUCACGCCCAACAGCAAUGCUGGCACGGACCAUGGAUGGGCCGGCAUCCAGGUGGUGUUGUCUGGUGCCAUCAAGGGCGGCGAGAUCUACAACGCCUUUCCGCACUUGGCCGAGGAUUCUCCCAUGGAUGCAGGGCGCGGGCGGCUGAUCCCCAGGUACCCACUGGAGAACAUGAUGGUCCCGCUGGCAGAGUGGAUGGGUAUGGAGCCAGCCCAGCGCUCGCAGGUCUUCCCGAACCUGGCCAACUUCAAUUCCACACACCUCCUUGAGAAGCAGACGCUGUUUCGGCCUUGA